AUGAGCGUUUUGGCGCUUUACGUCACGUUUACACAAAACAUAAUUGAGCACUCAUCCACUCCGUCACUGCCUCAUCAAUUCGUGGACACAGUGCCUGCGAGCACCUACGCAAUUUUCAAAUUGGCAUUGAGUGGUGAUUUAAAAGCUGCCGAAGGUUCCACGGUUGACUCGAUAGUGGACAGCAUUCUUGAGUCCCUUCCUGUCGAUUUGGCGAAUUUGACAAUUCCUAAUGUGGACAUGGUUGGCACAGUCCAGAUUACAAAACUGGGAAAUGUGAGUCGUGCUUGUCCGAUGACGGUGAAUGAAACGAUGGAUAGCAAACUUCUGUCGUUCGCUUUCAGCACCUGUGUCAAUCUCACUGACGUUGUUGUUACCCUAACAGACAGAUCAGUCAAAGUUUCCAUCGCUGAGGCCAGAUUCGACCUUCACGCACACUUCACGAAGUCCGUGAAACCGGCGCCAAAGGUCACCUUAACGAUUGGUGUUUGGAAGGGGAUCGAUGUCAAGGGAAAUAUUGUCCUUGUCAUUAUCAUUAAACCGAUCGUGAGUAAUAGGAAUAUCGUUCAAGGUUCCACUGUUGACUCAAUAGUGAACAGUAUUCUAAAGUCAAUUCCAGCUCAAAUGGCAAAUUGGACGACUCCAGACUUGGAAAGCUUCGGAGAGGUUGUGAUUACUGGAAUCGGUAACCUGAGUCUCGCUUGUCCAAUGACGGCCAACGAAAUUGUGCAUGAAGGCAUCCCAACGCUUGUUCUUACCGCCUGCCUAAAUGUGACUCGUGUCGCCAUCGAGUUUCCAGACAGCGGUCUUACUGCCUCAAUGGCUCCGACAGUAAUCAACGUAUCUGUGUGCAUGAGAAAAUCCGUGAAGCCAGCUUUUCGUGCGGCCGUUUCGAUUCCUGUUUGGGGUGGCAUUCACAUGAAGGACAUUUUUAACUUACCUAUGCUAGUGGACGAUGAUUAUGUUGCGGAUACAUUGGAAACCUUGAUCAAUUCGUCUCUGCAGAAAAUUAAAUUGCAGAAUUUAUAG